AUUCUUCUUUCUUUUUUUUGGCAGUAAACAAUUCAUCUAGAUCUAUAGCUUUAAAAAGUUCGUGAGCUGUAUUUUCUCCAAAUAUAGCAAUGAGUAAUCGGUAUUUUGGAGAAAAAUCUCCAUCCUAAAUGCUUACUACUUUACUAGGUCACCUGAUACCAGUACACUGUCACGUGAUUUCAUGCAUGUACGUGUACUAUAAUUGGGAGUACCGAGUAGUUGGUUGGAAGUUGAAGUCAGAACAGGCAAAAUGUCAUUGUCAAAGAUAUCAAUUCUGGUUUUAUUUGGUGCCUUGAUCAAUGAAACCCAUCUCUGGUUGAAGACAAAAUCGUAUCUAACUGAUGAUCAGACAAUUGCAAGAAUAGCAGAGAAAUUUGUUGGACUUCCACACCAAGAUGCCUUUGACAAGGUGGGUGAGGUUCUUCGGGAGAGAUACCCUGGUCACAUCCUACCCAAAGAGAGGGAGGAAUGGAUCUUCAUGAAUGCCGGUGGCUGGAUGGGGGCCAUGUGUCUCGUGCAUGCCUCGCUCACCGAGUAUAUUCUGUUCUUUGGCACUGCGGUGGAUACUGGCGGUCAUUCUGGUCGAUAUUGGGCAAAUGUUUCUGACACGAUCAUAAGUGGGAAUUUUCGGCAGUGGAAAGAAGGAACAACCGAGAGUGAAGAGUAUGGACCGGGAGUCACACUACUCCAUGCUUGGGGUGAGGCCACUUCCGUCCAGUGGACCGCGGGCACCUGGAUGGUUGAAUAUGGGCGUGGUUUUAUACCCUCCACCCUCCCGUUUGCCAUUUCCGACACAAUCUUCAGUACCCAAGACUUCUACACCCUCUACCGAAUCGUCAGGAUCUACGCAGAGGCACUGUUCCAGGAACUGCUAUGUGUUCUUUGAUGAUGGUUUAAGAUUGUUAGUGGAUUAGUUAACAGAAUGGGGAAGGGGGGUGGUUAGAUUGACAGUUAAUUUGGUUAAGUUUGUUUUUCCUAUUGAUAUACUGAUGGUUCAUAAGUUCAAAGGUUUUUAAUUUAAAACAUGAAAUAAGGUUUGAUACUCUAUAAAGGUUGGCCAAACCAUUGGCAGAUCCAGGGGGGCACAUCUGGCCUGUGCCCCCCCCCUCCUUUUGAGAUGCAUAAUCAAAAUCUGUAAUGUAAAUUGGCCGUUCUAACACAAGUUUGCUCCCCCCCCCCCCCUUUUGAAAGUGAGGACCUUUUUUGUUUGAUGGAGAUUAAAGCAACUCUAUCUGAAAUAGGACCAGCAUCGAUUCUUUUUAUUAGCAUUUGAUAGGUAGGCCUAAGGUACCAUCUUACUAAUCAAAAUUGCUACCCUUCAAUAGAUUUUUAGAAAUGUUUGAAUGAGUUCUGAUAACAAUAAUGAUAAUAAUUAAAAAUGAACGUGAUGAAUGUACAAUGUUUUGUAUAGCACACUUCCAUUUUUUGAUGUUGGAUAGUAUCACACUUACUAUUAAUAUGCAAGAGUGUCAUAAUGAUCAUAAUAUAUUGAAUAUAUAAUCUUUUGUCUAACACAUCACUUCCAAAGUAUUACCUCUGACCGGUUACCUCUGGCCAAUUUAUUUGGUAUCUUUCAUACAAGAGUGGUAUAAUGAAUAUAAUUAUAUUUUGAAUAUGCAUGCUUUGGUAGAGCACAUCAAUUGAAAAGAAAAUGUUGGAUGUUUGGAUUUUUACCUCGAAUUGAUAUGCCAAGGUGAUAUGAUGAUUAUAAUAUUACGUGUAUAUAAAUAUACAUUCCUUUGUAGCACAUCAAUUAGAAAAAUAUGUUGGAUAUUUUUACCUCUGACUUUUAUAUGCAAGAGUGAUAUAACGAUCAUAAUACAGUGCGUAUCAAAAAAAGUUUACACUUUGAAAAAGCCCUGGGAAUUAAAAAAUAUACAACAUGUGGGUAAUUUUUUCACAUACAAUCUUGGGUUUGGGUCUCAUCUGUCCAAUGAAAGUAAAAGUUUUGACAGAAUGUUACACUUGAGUGAGCACUGUCCAUUUUUGUAAAGCUCGCAGAAAUCUGUUUGCUCAGAAAUGCUGGUUUUCACGCUGUGUCAAGGGGAAAGGGCGAAAUCAAACUUACCCUGCAAAACAUUUCUCAUACAUUUCCCUUGCACUUUUAGUCAAUUGAAAUAAAACGGAUACAUUCAAGCACAGUGUAACAAUUUUACCACCCUAAUUGAAAUUUCAACACUUAGUAAGCACAACCUUUACCUCUUUUUUGCCAGCUGGAUCUGAGGACAUAGCUGAAUCUGAACAAACGUUUAUAUCAGACAUCUCCAGCAUUUUUUCACUAAGUUUUUAUCAUUUAAAGUGGGUUUACAUUUCCUUUUUCAUUUAAUACUUGUUUCUCCACACUUUUCCCAAGCUUGGCAAUGAUUAAAAAAAUGAAAAUCAAGCCUAAGCCAUGUCAUGUAAAUCACAGCUCAGUGUAAAGCAAAUAUUGUCAUGAUGGCCUCGGUGUGUGGGGGAGUGGGAUGAGGCGCAAUGCACUCUUCGAAGUGUUUCGGGCAAGGAAACAAGUUAAAAAAGAUAAAAGAUAUCUUCAAAUAAAUUUUACUAGCUAAAUUUCACGUGUUCAUGAUUAAGGUCUACUUUUAUAUGCAUAACUUUUUCAAAGUCCUGCGCAAAUAAUUUUUCACUAACUUUUCAAAAGUAAGUGGUGUUCACUCAAGUGGAAAUAUUUUUCGACAGUUAUAUCGUCAUUUGCUUUAAUGGAUCUGUACCAAUGUUAAAAUGUGGAAAAAUCUUCAGGAUAUUACAAAUAUAUAAUUUUACAGGAUUUUUUCUAAGUGUAACCAUUUUUUUAUACGCACUUUAUAUUAUGAAUGUACAUCCUUAUGUAUAGCACAUCAUUUUCAAAAGUCGGAUAUUUUUAUUACCUCUGACUUUGGUAAAUUUCCGAGUGUGUCUUGAACCAAGAAUCCCAGAAGUAAGCCCACAAUGCAUUUGUCCUUGCUAAUUAUUGUCUACAUGUAUCAUUUAGCAAUUUAGUUACAUUAUUACAUUAGUUACAUUAUAUUACAGUACCAGACUGAGAAAAUGUAUAGUGGGAAUGAUUUAUAUGAGAUUGGUACAUGUAUUAGCACUUUCAAUCUGUGCUAUGGAAGCAAAAUGCCAUAUCGGGUUCAGGCCUUUUUGGCAUGAGGCCGACGAUAUCAUAUAUUCCUGCUGUGGUUAAACUUGAAAAAUAUGUUAAAACAGUUUAAUCCAAUCAAAUAUAGCUUGGGUAAAGUCUGUAAACAAGAAUCCAAAUCAAUUCGGAAAAACACUUCCGCUAAUAUUGCAAAGCUGCGGGCAGCCUUGAUAGAAACGGACUGGAGUGAAGUUCUUAAAGAAAAUGAUGUGGACAUAUCGUUUAAAAGGUUCUUACAAAAAUUCAUGUCUCUGUAUAAUAAAAAUGUACCAGUUGUAAAGCAAAGUAGAAGAAAUCGUAAAAAUGUUCCUAUUAUGCCAUGGGUUAGUGCUUCUUUGUUGAGAUCCAUUAACAAGAAAAACAAGCUGUAUUAUUCGUAUAAAGUGCGUGGUACCGAAUCUUCACGUAAACGUUAUGUAAAUUAUAAAAAUACGCUUACUUCAGUCCUUCGUAUUGCAAAGAAAUCAUAUUAUCGCACUCAAUUUCAGGCAACAAGAAACGAUAUCAAGGGAACUUGGAAAGUGAUUAAGAAAGUAUUCAAGUCAAAGGAAAAGAUAUCUCAUGUAAAGAGUAUUGAAAUUAACGGUCAUGUGGUGGAAGAAAGGAAUAUUAUAGCAGACAACUUUAACAAUUACUUUUGCAGCAUUGGUCCAAAACUUUCACGGGCAGUGCCACUUUCUCAGCAGACUUACAGAGAUUUUAUGAAAGAGCAAAAUAGUAAAAGUUUAUUUUUCUUACCAGUAGUUCGGGAAGAACUGCUUACCAUUGUGAAAUCUCUUAAAAACGGGAAAAGUCCUGGUUAUGAUGGGGUUUCUAACAACUUAAUUAAAGAAAUUAUCUUAGGAAUUAUUCAACCCCUACUUCAUGUCUUUAAUCUAUCAAUGUCAUGUGGGAAAGUUCCUACUGACAUGAAAAUUGCGAAGGUCGUACCCAUUUUUAAGAAAGGAGACCCUCAAUGUCUGAAUAAUUACAGACCUAUUUCUCUAUUGACUGCAUUCUCAAAGAUUCUUGAGAAAGUGAUCUAUGUUAGAACUUUGAAAUUUUUCAACAAGAGUAAUAUUUUUUCUAAAUUUCAGUUUGGCUUUCGCGAGAAACAUACCACCACCCAUGCCUUGCUACAUUUUAUUGAUAAAGUAUCACAAUCCAUAGACAAAAAGAUGCAUACAAUUGGUAUAUUUCUUGAUUAUUCGAAAGCUUUUGACACAGUAGAUCAUGAUAUUUUGACUGGCAAGUUAUCACAUUAUGGUAUCAGGGGUACAGCAUUGGACUGGUUCAAGAGUUACUUAGCUGACAGGAAACAAUUUGUCUCAAUAAAGGAUGCUGAGUCAGGUUUACAGAAUGUCACUUGUGGUGUUCCCCAGGGAUCCCUCCUUGGUCCGUUAUUAUUUAUUGUGUAUAUUAAUGAUUUUCACUAUUCCUCUGAUAUUUUAUCGUUCAUUUUAUUUGCAGAUGAUUCAAGUUUGUAUCAUUCCCACAGAAAUCCUGAGACCCUUUUAAAAACAGUUAAUAGUGAACUGAGGAAAGUCACUUUGUGGAUUCAAGCAAAUAAAUUAUCUCUAAAUAUGCAGAAAACAAAUUAUAUGCUCUUUAGCAACACGAUAUUAAAGAUAAGUUCCAGGUGAUGUUAUAUUUAAUGAUGUGUUAAUAGAUAGAGUAAAGACGACCAAAUUUCUGGGGUUGCAUAUAGAUGAAAAACUGAUUUGGAAAACCCAUAUAAAUCAUCUAUGUAAGACAUUAUCAAAAAAUAGUGGUGUAAUAUACAAAUUAAAAUCCUUUUUCUCUACUGAUAUUCUUUGUAUGAUGUAUUCAACACUAAUUCUCCCGUAUCUCAAUUACGGUGUUCUUGCAUGGGGUAAUUCUCUUAAAACCAAUCUAGAAAGGGUGUACUUGAUUCAGAAAAGAGUUUUAAGAAUUGUUUGUAAUGUUAACUAUCGCUCGCAUACUACCCCACUUUUUUAUGAGCAUAGAAUUCUAAAAUUACAAGAUAUCUAUGAUUUUCAACUUGGUACUCUAAUGUAUGCAUACAAUGCAGGCAUCAUGCCACCAGCUCUGGUCACAAUGUUCAUGAAAAAUAGUGACAUACAUAACUAUUAUACACGAAAUGCUUCUGCAUUCCACUUACCCAAGUUACAUACAAGUUCUGCUUUUAGGACAGUUGUAAAUACAGGACCCAGGUUCUGGAACUCUCUCAAUUCAAAUAUAAAAAAAUCGGUAAGCAUUUAUACUUUUCAGCGUGUACUUAAAGGUUAUCUUCUUAAUUGUUAUUUGUGAGUUGCUCUAGGUUAAGAUAUGCUUUUAUAUACUAUGUUAUUUUUAAUUUUGGAGCCUAAAAAACUGUAUAUAAGACUGGAGAAUGUUAUGUUAUAUCAAUAUAUAUUUAUCUUGUAUCUUGUCUAACUGGAUUCUUCUGCAGAGGGUCAGCCCAUGUUUUUUUCCUUUUGUAUUCUUUUCUUGUGUUUCUUUUACCUUUGUCAUGUUUUUUUUUUUUUUACUUUACUAUUAUUAUUUAUACAUACGAUCGUCCUCUUUUUUUCAUGCCAUGUUAUCUAUACUUAUUUCCUCUUCCAUCAUAUAUCACUUAAUUAUAUCAUAUUGUUGUUAGUUUAUUAGACUUCAUAACUGUACAUUCAAGCAAUAUAUUCUAUUAGUGUGUGUUUUUUGUCAUUGAUUAGUUUUAGUUUGUCUUUUUUUGUUUUAUUGUUGCAUUUUUUUUUCUUUUGUAUUUUAAAGAUAUUACAUGUCAACACUGAAUACUAUUCAGUCAUGUACUUGAAACAAAGGAGACCCUAGCCUUACAAGCCUUGCUUUUUCAGGGGUUCUCCUUGUCUUUCUCUCAAUACAUUUAGUUAUUUUGCUAUGUUUCUUUUUUUUUUCUACUGUAACAAUGAUUUAUGGUUAAUUGAUUUUUUUCAUUUGUAGAAUGUGAAAUCAUACUUGUAAGAUAAAAUGUAUGUGCAGAAAGAAAGACGAAUAAAUAUCUUAUCUUAUCUUAUCUUAUCUUAUAUAGUAAAGAUAUCUUUAGAAAAGAAAUCUUUCUUAUUGAACAUAAUCAAAUUAUAAAUUGAUUCAUGUGUU